AUGUCCUCACCCUCGGCAUUGUUCGAUUUGAACCAAGGGCGUCGCGACCUGGCGUCCCUACCCGCCGACUGGCAACAAAACAUUAGAGAGGCUUGGGAAGUCGUUGACCAACAAGGCCUCGGCUCCCUCAACGCGCGCGAGUGGCCAUUUGCCCUCCGCGCCAUCGGCUUUGACCUUGCCCGCACGGAGACCUACGCCCUCCUCCUCGCGCACGGCGUCCCGCCGCACGACCACGACCCGUCCCGGGGCCCUUGCAGCCCGUCGCGCCUGCGCAUGCCGCAGGAGCACUUCUCGGCCAUCGCCGCGUGGCUGCUGGUGCGCCGCGACCCGCAGGAGGAGGCCGAGGACGCGUGGAAGAUGUUCGACCCGCGCGGCACGGGGCGCAUCACCCUCGAUAGCCUCAGAGCUGUGUGUGCCGAGGUGAACAGCACCCUGAGCGAGGCGGACAUGAGGCGAAUGAUUGACAUGGCGGACAUUUCGGGUAAGGGGUGGGUUACCAAGGACGAGUUCAUCGAGGUCGCCAAGGGCGGGUUUGGACGCGGUUAG